AUGGCUGGACAAGAUGAUCUUGAGGUUUUUUCCACCCUUCAGCAUUCGGCCGACUGCAUUAUUGAACCAGGCUUGGACUUGGCAAUUGUUUCCAGUCUUUUUCAGCUACUGUAUGCUCGGGUGAGCUGCCGUGCCGGGUUCUGCUGGGCCGUGCCGGGUUCUACUGGGCUCGCCUUCCCGGGCGCGGUGCCGUUGCGGCGUAGCUCAGCGCUUCUGCGCCGUGCCGAGUUUAGUUGUUGUUUUUUUUUUUGUCCUAUUCCUUUGAAAGUUGUGGUGCUCUUUACUUUGGAAGCCAGCGAGGACUUUGGGCGCCUCGCGCUGAGCUCUCAGCUGUUCCGUUGCACAGCUUACAGGCACUCACUAAGAAAUCUGAGCGCCGCACGAAAACUUUUGACGUUUCUUAGCUGCUUUGCAAAAGCAGAAGGCAGUUUCCCCCGGCGGGCAGAGCCCCGGUUCCCGCUUGCCCGCACGGAGCAGACCGCGCAGCGCCCCGCUGGCUCUCGCGCCGUUGGUUUGCGCGCUGCCCGCCGCUCUGCGCGGCCCCAGGCGGGGAAGGACGGGGAGGGGAAGGGCAGGGCAGGGCUCCCUGCCGGCCUUGGACGCUCCCCCAAAAAGCGAGCGUGUCCGCGUGCCGUCGGGUUGCAGCACGGUCGGCGUAUCGCAAGAAGCUGUGGGAGAACAGACCGUGCCGAGACCUUGAAAUGUCCGGGCUUUUCACUGUUGUUAAACACGGUCAAAGCUGGAGGUGUGAGAGUGCCUAAAAAGCAAGAAGCCAUACCUGCUGGGAGGAACGCUGGGCACAAGGGAAGGGACAAGACAAGGUACUGAUCUGCAGGGCUCGGACCCCUGCCCCAGGGUUAGAGGUCGUAGGCAUUGGGCUGAAGGUUAGAAAAUAGACAACCAUUUGAUUCCGUCGAGUUUAACACUUAAAUUAACUUGUGCCAUUCGUAAAUAAAAGGCAAAUUGGGGGUAAUUUUGUGCUUUAAAAAAGUAAACUUCCACAUGUAAGGAAGAUGCCUCACAAAACAAUGAAAGGAAAAAAAAUGUGGAGUAUCUGCUCUCUGUGCUAUGGAACUGAAAUGAAAGCAUCGCUGCCUACCUGUAAUUAGCAAUUUUCAAUUAGUUUCCAAUAAAAUAAAAUGAUUUUAGGCUGUCCUGUAUUUCACAAGGAUGUCUUAUGCAAGUCCACAUGAGUUGGUGAUAAUGCAUUAAAAUUGGCUAUACCUCCUUAGUUAAGAGAAAUGGGUUUUUGCUGUUUUAAUAACCCGGCUUGUGCUUGUGUGUUUUUGUGGUGCGUUAUGCCUUGCGUUUCUGUCACUGAUUACGAGUUGUCUGGGUCCAGUCUCGCUCCUGUCUCUUCCAAAGUCACGGUUAUCUGGUGACACAGAGCUUUUUAUCCCAUCUUUCUCAAUGUGGCAAACUGUUAUCAAUUGCCUGAUUGAAAUUUCAGCGGGAAAUUUAUCUUGCUGCAGCCACGAAUCAUUAACUUCACUAAAUCAAUACCUGCUUUUUCAAGAGUUACAGUUCAGGUGCCUAGUUCCAUCUGUAAGGACUUCAUUUUAUGCUAUGGAGUAUCAAUGCAAAUAAUGGUAUUAUCAGAAGAAUGUGCAGUCUUCUAGUGCUGAGCUAAGUUAUUUCAUAUCCACAACUCAUUUAUUUGGAGUGUUGGUGAUGUGGCUGUUCUGCAGUAUUAAAAUAUUAAGAAGUAAUGGGAUAUUCUUGUACAAGAAGUUAUUUCUUUACAGGUUUUGAUGUCAAAAGAAAAAUUGCUUCUCUUCCAACCACCCACACCAGAGCAUGAGUGCUUCUUGUAGGCUUAGAUUAAAAUAAAGAAAAUGGCAAGUCGAGCUUUGUGGGUCUGAAUUCCAGCACUAGAGUUCUGUGAAAUUACU